AUGUAUAGAUAUGAUGUUGAAUAUCUAUUUCGAUUUUAUACAUAUGGCAUAGAAAAACAUUUUCAUCAACAUGUAUUUGAAGAUUUUCAACAAGAAACUCUUUGUGAUCAUGAAGCUGGUCAAUUAUAUGGUUUAGAAAAAUUCUGGGCAUUUUUAAAAUAUUCUCGAGAAAAACCAAACAUCAAUUCAAAACUUGAAGAAAUUUUAAAAAACUAUAGAAAUCUUGAAGAUUUUCGUGUUGAUGGUGCAUCAUUUCCACAACAAUUUUUUCCAACAAAAUCAAAUCAUAGAAGAAUUGAUAUUGGUUUAGGUAUUGGUGGUGGUGUGAUUAAUUGUAUGCUUUAUAAUGUUGAUGAUGGUCAUCGAGCUGUUAUUUUUGAUUGUUUCCAAGGUGUUAAGCUAGAUGUUAUUGAAGAAGGAACUCAUUUUAUGAUUUCAUGGCUUCAUAGACCAAUUAUAUUUGAUAUUCGUACACGACCACGAUCUAUUCUAUCAAUAACAGAAAUAAAAGGUAUAAAAGCUAGAAGAAAACAGCCAACUUCAGGAGAGAGGUGAACAUGAGGAAAAUGUAAGCUCGCGAAAAAAGGAAGGUAAAUACGAUGUCUAUUAAAACAUCAAUGAAUGUAUAUGGCUGAGGUAUCUUAAAAAAUUUUGCGGUCAUUGAUGGCGACUCAACUGAUCGGUUUGCACCUCUACACUCUCAUCAUUCACCAAU